AUGGUUAUAUGGCACGUAUAUGCCAAGGCCAAAUUGAUGGAUAGAAUAGAAGGCCUAGGCCAAAACCAGAUGUCAGAUGCCCCUAAGGUUCCUCUAACGUGCGACGGCGUCGCCGCUGGUGUGCGGCUCAAGAGGCAGAUCCGGGAGCUGGCGCGGGCGGUGUACGAUGGUCCCGAGUACACUGUCGAUGAGAUGGAGGUCAAGUAUAUUUACGCGCGGCCGUCGUGGGUUGAAAUGCCGAAGGCGGCGCAGAUGUUGGAUGAUGCGCAGGAGGGCAUUGCGACGAUGGCUGAGACGAAUCCAUACUGGGCUCGUCGGGUUCCGCUAGACGACAACGACGAUGAUGAUUAUGAUUAUGAUAACGAACCGGUUUAG